AGCGAAUUGAAAAUUUAAAAAAUGAUUACCGACGGUCUUUAUAUUAGCCGAAUGAAGUUUAAGAUUUAUAAACCACUCGAAAUUUAUGAUUUAAGAAUAAAGUAGAAAUAGCAAAAGUAGAAUCGCAAAGAUCUGCUAAAAUUAGCUCGGCGAGUGAGUUGAGGCGCUUACCUCGCCCGAAUGAGUCGACCUCGCUUUGUGUUGUAUCUGGUGAACAAUAACGGCAAAAUCUUAUUUCUUUUUAUUUAAAACAAAGGUGCCAUGUGCAUUGUGAUCUAAAAAAAUUGUUUAUAACAAUGUAAGUGAAUGAAUUGUAUAAUAUAAUCGGAGCACGGCCCACUAUUUGAGUUAAUCAUUAUGCUCUAGAUUUGGCUUUUGACCCUCUCUGCUCACGUUUCUUCACUCUGGGUAAUGAACGGUGACGUGGAAGUAGAGGCGCCUCGCCCCCGUCCUCUAUCCGCUGGUCUUUGGACCAUUUUCUCGUGGCUCCGUCGUUCAGAACGCUCGUCUUCUAGUGAAAGUAUUUCCAGCGUAGGUUCUGAUCGUACCGCUGCCAGCUUCGACUUUCUGCCACCGAUAUAUUAUCCUAAUUCACAAGCUCCAAUAACAUUACCUCUUAAUUCGCCGACCGAUUCCUACAAGAGAAGAGUUCAGGAGCGAAAUUUGCGAAGACAAAGAGAACGUGGAGUGACAUUACAUAGGAAAUACGGGCUCUGGAGAGAAGAGGGUGGGUACGACAGAUUUAGUUUACCACCAGCUAAUAAAAACAUUGGUGAAUCGGGCGGCAAUCAACGAUGCCGAAGGGCAGCCAGUGAAUGUUUUCAUCGACGCGCUGCAUAUGUGCCAGGAAAGAGGCACGCUCCUCCACCCCCUACGUUUGUUACAACCUCAUUACCUCGUAGCUAUAAGAGAAAACGCCCAGCUCCUAAACCUCCUUUGAAAGCGAUUGCAGAAAAUAAAGAAAAUAUAGAAAUCAAUAAUAACGACACGCUGCUCCGUACACUUCCUUCUAGUGAUAAUUCGACUAAAGAGAAUAUAGUAAAUAAUGUUCAAGGAACCAGCAGUAAUUCAUCUAAAAUAAUAUUUAUUCCUCAACUUCCAUCAACAGAAACAGAUAAAGCUUCAGACAAACCACGCAAAGAAAUAAAAUUGCGGACAGAAAAAAGUUUUCUUAAACAAAUAUUUGAAAAUAAAAAGCGACAUUCUGCAGAUAUUUCGCAUGUAAAGUUUCUGCCCAGCAUUAGUGAGCUGGAUAAACAGGCAGCCGAAAUAAUAGAAAAUAAUAAGCUUACACACAAUUAUACUUAUCUAGAAGAUAAUAAUCUUAUGAACGAAGAACAUGCAAUAAAUAGUAAUUCUGAAAAAAUGUGGAUGUGUACUAAAUGUUUGCGGAAAUAUAAUACGUCAAUUAAAUCAUGUGUAUAUUGUGUACCUAAGGAAAAUGAACUUACUAAAAUUAUUAAUUCACAAUGUAAAGCCUCAAGUUCAUCAACGCAGACGGAGUUGUCUCGUCAACUAUCUAAGGAUGUUGAAGAGAAAAAGAAAUUGAGGAAAAUUCUUAAAGAAAUGAAAGACUCUCUCCCGAAGAAACAAAGUCAGAAGAAAACAAAACACACUAUUAAUUUUGAAGUUAAUAAUGAAUCAAAUGAAACCCCAACUUUACGUAUUGGGACUACAGUAAACGAAAAUAAGGAAGAACCUCUUGCCCACAACAAAUUACAAAAAUUAAACCAAGAACCAUCAACAUCUGCGGCAUUAUCAACAGGAAACCAUUCUAACAACAAACGGCAUACUUUCAUUGAUGAAAAAACUAACAAUUCACUUGAAGGCAACUCUGAAUCAUUAAUAAGAGCUAUAAUAACAUCAAAUAAUUUAAAAAAGCCACUUGUCGAAGUUAAGCCAAACGAAGAUUAUGUGUCUAAUACGAAGGCUGCUGCAAUAUCUAAGAGUAGGGAGGUCCCCAAAGAAAUUUCCUUAAAAUUUACUCACGACAACCUACCUGCUAGUAAUAAUAACCAACUUAAAUUAUUUGAAAAUAUUGACAGAAACCAAGCUAUAAAGGAAAAUAAAAUUACAACAAAUACUAACAGUGGUCUAAGUACGCAUACGCCGCUGAGUAUAUCGUCGUUAUUAAAUCCCAUUUACCAGCCGAAAGCAACUACAAGCACGCAGUGUUUCCAAGUGGCCUCGAAAACGAAUCUAAACACUACGUUAAAGACAGAAGUGUUAUUAAAUAGCGACGUUACUUUCUUACAAUUGAAAUCAGUAACAAAAACUCCAGCAAAAGAUUUAAAUAACACUAAUACAGAAAAAGUUAAAUUUAAAAAAGAACCAACAAACGCGUCAUCUAAUCAAAUGAAAUUAGAUCCAAAGACAGUAUCACAAAUCAUUAAAAAAUCUAUAGAACAAAAAGAAAAACAGUUACAAGAAAAUGAAGCGAAAAUUGAAGCGGUAAAAAUUGGAGAGUAUAUAAAACGAAGGGAAUUAAUUAAUCAACUUGAAUCGUCUAUUGCUAAAGGGGACGAGACGGCAGCUGCUGAGGCUGCUUCGAAGUUAGCUAAACUACGUCUUUCAUGUUCUGUUCUAUCUUAUUCAUCACAAAUAGUAGCUGGACCUUCUACAUCAGGUAUUACAAUACCGAAGCAAGAAAAACUCAUGAACAAAGACAAUGUUGAUCCCCAAGAAAAUAAGACAUUUGUGGUGUCAGAGGGACUUCGAAAAAUAAAUAAAAAUAACACAAAUAAUUCCAAAACGGAAGCUGUUCAGCAAAUCGACGAUCACAAAGAUGCAAUGAAUGAUAUUAUUCCGAUUGAAGUUUGGAUAGAGGAUAAAAUUGCAGCUAGAGGACCGGUCCGUUUAAAUAUUUCUCAACGUUCUACAGUUGCAGAUUUAAAAAGAGAAGCAUUGUCCUAUCUCGGUAUAGAAAUACGGUUACAGCGCUGGAUUGUGGGCAAAUCUCUCUGCACAGACGAUAAUAUGCCCAUUAUUUCAUUAGCAGGGACAGCCUUCGACGCACCUUUUUAUUUAUGUUUAGUUGAAUCAGACGAAAACAAAGCAUCAAAAACAGAGGCUUCAAGUUUGGUAAAGUUAGGAGAGUUUUACACGGAAUUAAUAAAGUUGGAGCAACAGGCACUUAUAUUAAAUGCUGAAAACUUCGAAUGUGGAGUAUGUCUUGAAGAAUGUGCCGUCGGGGAUGGAGCUGUUCUCCGAGAUUGUCUUCAUACCUUUUGUAGGGGGUGUCUAUCGGAUGCAGUGCGACAUUGUGAAGAGCCUAUAAUAUCUUGUCCGGCUGUAGGCUGUCCUGGAGUUCUACAAGACAGAGAAAUUCGAGCUUUACUAUCAGCAGAAGAUUAUGAUAAAUGGUUAGCUCGAGGGUUAGCUGUAGCUGAAAGUGGAACACGUAAUAACUUUCAUUGCCGAACACCAGAUUGCUCGGGUUGGGCAUUUUGUGAACCCGGAGUUAGAGUAUUCCCUUGCCCUGUUUGUAAGAAGAAAAAUUGUAUACCGUGUCAGGCCUUGCAUGAUGGUGAAACCUGUGAGCAAUAUCAAAAGAAAUUGUGUGAAGUAACUGCAGAUAAUACUGAUGCAGGGACACAAGCGCUGCUCGAUUCUUUAAUAUCUCGAGGGGAAGCAUUACGAUGCCCUGAAUGCCAAGCUAUUAUCACAAAAAAAUGGGGAUGUGACUGGGUCAAAUGUUCCGCGUGUAAGACGGAAAUUUGUUGGGUCACAAAAGGAAGAAGAUGGGGUCCAGGUGGGCGGGGAGACACCAGUGGCGGGUGCAAGUGCGGCGUUGAAGGGAAAAAGUGCCAUCCCACGUGUAGUUACUGUCAUUAAGUAUAUAUUAUGCGAAACGGUUUGAAAAUAUGUGUUUCUAGUAAAAACUAUUUGAAUUAAUCAUAAAUUUAAAAAAAAUGGGCAACGUAUUCAAUAAUAGAUCGCUAUUGCGAUGUUCUUUAACGUAAUAUAAUAUGUAACAUUUACGUAGAUAACAUAACUUUUAUGUUUGUUAACUAUACAUAGACUAACUAAACACGCCUAAACAGCAAGCGUGUAAAAUUUGUUUUUAUUUAUGAAAAUUAUUUUUGACAAGUAUACCAAUUGUGCAAAAUUUUUUUUACAAUGUAUAGCAAAAGUUUUAAUACCUUAGUAAUACAGUUACUGUAAAAAUUAAAUAUCUAACAAAUUUAUUUUUCAUAAGAAAAACAGAAUAGCCAUUUCAAACAUUACGUUUAGUGAUAGAAAAUAUUAAUGCAUUUGGAUUUAAUUUAUUUACAUAUUUAAUGGCUCAUGGACGUCACUUACGUCCAAAUCUACAGACCAUUCAAUAAGUCGCCCCGAUUAUAGAGAAACACUUGACAUUAUGAUGUUUUGCUAAAUAAUAUGUACUGGUGUUUGUUUGCUAUUAUUAAAUCUAUAAUCUAUUGUUUGUCACCUAAUUAUUUUAUUUAGUCUGCACGAAUCUAGUAUAUUGUAUUGAAAUAACUACAAGCAUUGUCAAUCUUAGAACAAAAAAUAAAACAGCAAUUGUCUUCA